AUGCAGAAUUAUACCGAUUUUCCUUACAGCGGCGACGCUGACAGUAAACUCUGGUCGUCGUUCAUCGAACAGUCGGACGGCGGCGUGUAUGAUGAUUACGACGCCUCUCUCUACUCCUCUAUUUUUCCUACUAGUACUCCACCUCAUCACUUCUCUGUGACUUCAAACACAACAACAUUACCACUACCACCAAUCGUCGUCGAUUACAGCCGCAGGCAUUCACUGGAUUUUGCGCCGUUUCAAGACCUCAUCGACAGACGUAACUGGUGCCUCUCUAACCUCCGUCUCACUGCCAAAGAAGCCGAAGCGCUCCGCCAAGAGAACGUCAACCUUCAAAUGGCGAAUUCCGAACUAAACAAGCAGCUGUCUCACUUGCAACAACAGGCGGCUUCGGCUUCCACUCUACAGAACUACGCUAAUGCGACUAUAUUUCCAUCAGUGAACUCCGUUGUCGAUUGUUUUGGACGGAUGAGGAUUGGAGAUAAAGGAACGCCGGCAACUGACAAACGGGCGGCCCGUGGAGUGGAAAACGUGGAUCCGAUUAAGAAAACGGAGGUGGAGCGGGUUAAGUUGCCGAAAAGUAUUUCUGUCCGAUCCAAUGGGUACUUGAAGACGGUUCAAGCCGGUGACGGGAGUGCUGGUCGGGCACGUUCUGCGGAUCGGGUAAAAGCCGCUUCCGAUACGCAAAGGGUAUAUGUACGUGGGAAGAAAGAGGAGGAACCACUGGAACUCCAAGUAUACAACCAGGGUAUGACAAAGACUGAACUAUGCAACAAAUGGCAACAAACUGGUGCCUGCCCUUAUGGAGAUCACUGUCAAUUUGCUCACGGCAUUGAGGAACUUCGCCCAGUCAUUCGCCAUCCACGCUACAAAACAGAAGUCUGUCGAAUGGUCCUUGCAGGAGACCCAUGCCCUUAUGGCCACCGCUGUCAUUUCCGCCAUGCUCUCACCGAGGAGGAGAAACUCAUGAGCCGCCACAUCAACAGUUGACCAUCGCUCAGUCUCUAGCUGGGUAUCAUCAUAACGUA